AUGCUUUUCUCAAACAUAGUCAUUUGUACGCCGAGUUAUGCUGCCGACUUUAGAUUCUUAUUCUACCUCUUAUUUCUCCCUUUUUUUCCCACUGCACUCACACACCAACCCUUUUCUCCCAUUGCCUGUCCACAGUGCCCGGCUCGUCUCGAUCGUGCAAUCAAGUCUCUCGAGUCUUCAUCCGCGUUCUCUCCAAGACGUCGAGAGUGCCGAGCCUUCAAAUGGACGAGUCUUGUAAGUGACCGCUUCUUGCCUCAUCAUGCUUGA